AUGCUUGACGCAGAGUCAAGCAGUUUGCUCAGUCCUCACGCACACACACACGCACGGGGUGACCGCAAGCCACUGAACCCACUGACCCUGCUGCAGCGGCAGGUCCUCCGGCCAGCAGAGGCGCUGUGUGCCUUUAAUGUGAGGCAGUAUGGCGGCGGCCUGUACGGAGUCUGCAGAGGAGCCAUGCCGUCUCCUGUGCCCGUGUCGCGGCUGCUGCCCAAAGACCUGUUCCCUAGUGUGGAGACAGGCGCCUGCAGCAGUCCUCUGUUCACUCACGGCUCCUCUCUGCACCCCCCUGUGCCGCGGCCGGGCCGCUGCUCUCGACCCUGGGCCUCCGUGAUCCUGUGGGAGCAUCUUCGACCGAUGGGUCCGGUGGGCGCGGGGGGCUUCGGCUCGGUGUACCAGGCGGACUACAUGGAGCAGAGCGUGGCUCUCAAACGGGUGCACAACUCCACGAAGAACCAGUUGGCGUCCCGCCACAGCUUCUGGGCAGAGCUGAACGCCGCGCACCUGCGUCACCACAACAUUGUGCGCGUGCUCGCGGCCAGCACGUGCGUGCCCUCGUUGCCAUGGUACCGGGGCUGCCUGGGAGCUGUGCUCAUGGAGCUGUGCGUGUCGGACCUGCAGCAGCUCAUCUAUGGCCCGGAUGCCCUGCAGGAGAGCCGCUGUGUGCGAUACGCUCAGCACGUGACAAACGGUCUGCGUUUCCUGCACGCGCACCGCGUGCUCCAUCUGGACAUUAAACCCGCGAACCUGCUGCUGUCCCGGGACGACGUGGUGAAGAUCGCGGACUUCGGCUGCUCCCUGCAGCUGGACAAAGGGGAGGACACCGUGUCCGCGAGCCCGCAGCUCAGCCACGUGGGCGGCACGUUCACGCACCGGGCCCCGGAGCUGCUCAGAGGGGGGCCCGUGUCGUCCAAAGCUGACGUGUUCUCCUUCGCCAUCACCCUGUGGCAGCUGUUGACCCGCGAACAGCCCUACGCAGGGGACAGACAGUACGUCAUCUACGCCGUGGUGGCUCACGAGCUGAGGCCGAACUGUGACACGCACGCUGUUUUCCAAGGGGUGCGCGCUCCCGUUUACCGCGGGCUCCUGAGCCGCUGCUGGAGCGCUCAGCCGCAGGACAGACCGAGCUGCGAGGAGCUGCUGGAGCUGCUGCCGGUGGUCCCCGACACGUGA